UAAAUCAUAACAUAACCUUUAUCAAUUGAAAUUUGAUAUACGCUGUUUAAAAAUAUUUAAUAUAACCUAUAACUUAAUAAUAAUACACGAGUAUUGAACAAACAAGUACUUAUAUCCACAACUUCACUAAUAAAAAAAAAACUAAACGCCAGCAACAACAGAACCAAAGUAAUAUAAAAAUGUCGAACGUACUGGAAGUCGACGAGUCAAUAAUAACGAACAAUUUAUUGCUACCAGAGAACAAACAACAAGACGAAGAUUUAAACAGUCUUUUAAAAAGUUUCGAGUCUCCAGCGUCAGUAACCUUCAAACCGAAUCCAGGAGUCUGCAUCAAAGCUAAAACUGACAAAAAUGAAAAGGUAUUUAUAAACUUGUGUCACACUAAGGAAAUUCCUGCCCCCGAGGACUUGACAGAUACAGAGUUCGAGAACAUGCUGAAAGAAGAACCUCCGUCUUGGUCGAUUCCCAUGAGCGUUGGCUACGAGAGGUUCGAGUCCGCGAAAGACGGGACCAAGUGCCCGACUUACGACAUCGCCAUCAACAGCGAGUACUUCCAGAAGUGCGAGAGCAAGUACCACUUCAUGCAGUUCACCAUCUGGAUCAUUCUGUCCGCGAUCGAGGCCAAGUAUGACAAGGUCCUCAGUGCUGAUAACUUUGUUAUCCUCAAAAACCGUAAGGUCAACGGAACACUCCACGAGCACCGGGUGGAAAAGCGCAAGCCUAAGAAACCCAAGGAGCUGCUCCAGGAACGCAAGCCGCUGAUUCAAGAAAUUAAUUCUGGGGUUAAAAACGCUGCGGUUAACCAGGAUUCAUAUGUGCUGCUGAGGGAACCCAAGGAGGGACAGAUGCUGAAAAGUAUCGGGUACUUCAGGCUUCCUAACAAGGUGGUCGAUGAUAAAGACAUCAAGGUCCAAGUAAACCAGGAGAGGGUUGUUGUAAAUGUUGAUAAAUUCCACUACCUUGUUGAUCUCUUCGUGCCUUUUAGUAUUAAAACUGACAAAGUUUCUGCUCAUUAUGAUCCUAAUUUACAGGUUUUGAGACUCGACAUGCCAGUACUUUAGGGAUAAAAAUAAUUAUGAAAAUAUUGAUUCGAUUUAAGACAUAGCUUGUAGUGUUUAUAAACUAUUUUUUUAUAAAUUAAUACUAUAAAAUUUAAA